AGUUUGUCACCUUUUGAGAAGAAAUUAUGUGAGAAUCUCAUCAGGGUAGAAGUACGGGGGAAAACGGGUCGCAAAGUGCCAGUGCUAUUCCCAACAAAUGUAAGAGAGUCUGUGGAACUUCUGAUAAAAACAAGAGAAGACGUUAAGAUUUCCCCAAGCAAUCCCUACAUUUUUGCCCGUCUUAAUUAUGGAUCCCAGGAGAACAUUCGUGGAUGUGACAGCUUAAAACGUUAUGCAGAAAGCUGUGGAGCUGAACACCCAGAAAAUAUAACAUCCACCAAACUGAGAAAGCAUGUUGCCACAGUGUCACAGCUUCUUGACCUACGAGUUCACGAGCUAGACCAGCUUGCAAACUUCCUGGGACACGAUAUAAAUGUCCAUAGGGUUUAUUACCGACUACCUGAGGAAACUCUCCAAAUGGCAAAAAUUGGCAAAUUUCUUUUUGCCCUAGAAGGUGGAAUAAGCAAAUUCAAAGGGAAUUGCCUGGAAGACAUAAUGCCACAAAGCAACUCUCAAGAGGAGUAUUCUGACUCAAAUGCAGAUUUCCAGUCUGUGCAGAGUACCACCACAUGUCAAGAAGCGCGACCAAAUUCAGAAGAAAAGGCAUCCAAUUCAACAAAAAAAAUCGUUGGCAAGAAAUCAUCAUUGCCAUCAGUUAACAUGGGACACUUGGAGGAAGCACAUUCUGAAGGAGAGGCAUCUACUUCACCAAAGAAAAUCUGUGGCACAAAGAAACCGUCACUGCCAUCAGUUCAAAACGGAAAAUCCAGAAGGCCCUGGUCAAAGACGGAGGGAGAAAUUAUCGAAAGCCAUUUCAAAGACUUCCUGAAAGAAAUGAAGACCCCUGGAAAAGUGCACUACUCCAGCAUCUCCACAAUGCCCAAGACCAGAGAGCUCUGUAAGGACAUCAGGGAUAAAAUUGUAGACCUGCACAAGGCUGGGAUGGGCUACAGGACAAUAGGCAAGCAGCUUGGGUUCCAGCAGUCCCAGUACCACUCUCCAGUACCCAUCCGAGAGCUCAACCAUCCUGUUGAACAGUCUUCAAAGCUCCAUCAUGGGUUCCAGCUUCCUGUCGACCAGUCUCCAGAGCUCUUCUGUCGGUUUCAAUGUCCUGUGAACCAGUAUUCAAAGCUCCUCUAA